AUGGAUAUGCAACGGGUUCGGCGUGCGGCCAUCUCCAGUACAGGCAGCCUGGUCGAUCUGCCCGAAUACAUCAUCACCACCUUUUUCCCAGCAGCACGGCCUCUGCUCGAGACUCAUCCUCAACUCUUCCGUUUCCUGGGUGUGCUACUGGCCUUAUGGUACUUUGGACCGCUGGCCCGCCUGCAAUCGCUAUGGUCUCGAGUUUCAUCACUCAUCGUCGCCACUGUCAAUGUCUCGUCCGAGGAAGACCUCUUCGCCUAUUUGACCUCAUACAUUGCCGAGCGCAGGACCCUGCGAGCUGACCAAUCGCUCAAUGCCACAUCAAACUCACCUCAAGAAAGCAGACGUCGCCAGCGGCAUGAUCCUGAUCUCGAGGAGUCUGGACGCCGCAACGAAGAUCCCAAAAUCAAGUAUGAGCAGGGCCAAGGCGUCCAAUUGUUUGUCCACAAGAAGCGGUUAUUCUACAUCACCAGAAAGUACGGCGAGGGCCAUACCUACUUCGGCAACCGUUACAAACGGAUCGAAAUCAUGAGUGUGACGUGCCUGGGCCGCUCCACCGCCCCGAUCAAGGAGCUCAUCGAACAUAUCUACCAGCUCAACAAAGACAAGGAACGCUCCUUGACCAUCAUCCGCCGUCCCUACACCGGUGGUUAUGGCGGCCGGUUGACCUGGUCAAGACUCACGUCCAAGCCUCGCCGCGCCCUCGACACUGUCAUCCUUGACGCCGCUCAGAAAGAACAAGUCCUGGAUGAUGUCGCAGAGUACAUGGACGAAGCAACUAUGAAUUUUUACGCAAGCCAUGGCAUCCCAUAUCGGCGAGGAUACUUGUUUCAUGGUCCACCAGGGGUAGGAAAGACGUCUUUCGCGUUGGCUCUCGCCUCGAAAUUCAACCUGGACGUGUACAACAUGACUCUGUUGGACCGUGACCUCACUGACUCCGACUUGAUCUCACUGCUGAACCAGCUGCCUGGCCGCUCGCUUUUGUUGCUUGAAGAUAUUGACUCCGCGGGGCUCAAUCGUAAAGCCCAAUCGAGCGCUACCCGUAAAAAGGGGUUGCGGCGCCGGGGCAAAAUGCCCGAGGGUGCGGUGGCAAGCAACACCAAAAAGAUUGGCAAUGACAUCGACAUUGACAGUGAUGAGGACGCAGCGACGGCCAACGCCAGCCGCGUGACCCUCAGUGGGCUACUGAAUGCGAUUGACGGAGUUGGUUCGCCCGAAGGCCACGUCCUCAUUAUGACGACGAACUCCCCGAAAUCUCUGGAUGACGCCCUCGUCCGUGCCGGUCGUAUCAGUGUGCGGGUUGAGUUCAAGAAUGCCUCAAGGACGCAGGCCGAAGAGAUUUUCCUUCGCAUGUAUGUGGACAUGCCCAGCACUGGGAGCCCAUUAGACAGGAAAUCCAUUCUGGAAGGCAUGGAUGGCGACGAGCGCUCUUCUAAGAACAAAAAGACCGAACAUCUUCGCAGCCUUGCCAAAGAGUUCUCUGCUAUGAUUCCCGACUACGACUUCUCGCCCGCCGACUUGCAAGACUAUUUACUAAUCCACAAGAAGGACCCGGACAAGGCGGUCGAGGACCUGCAGCGCUGGAUAAAAGAAACGACGCAAGAGCGACGACACAAAGAAGAGGAGAGAGAAGCGGAGAAAGAGUUGAAGAGAGAAGCAGUGCGAGACAAGCAUCGACUGUUCACAGAAUUAUUCGGAGCUGCGGCCGAGGAGAUCGUUGACAACGAAAACAAGGGUGAAGCGAAGGGCAAGGUGGAAAAUGACUCAAGAGAACUGGGAGCAGGAACGUCGGCCCAGAAAGACGAAAAAGGUGUGGCGAAGGAUGGCGAAGGACAGGUAAAAUCUGCCUGA